AUGCAUUUCAACUUAACCAAGCUUUACCAGCAACCAAAGCGCCCGGCAUCCAUUGAGAACGACAGGCCCCGUGCCCUCACAUGUUACCGCUAUGCGGUUUCGGGGUCGGACGGCGCGAUGGGAUUCGACAAAGCAAUUAAGACCAAGUUCGUUGCGGAAGGUGCCGGGUUCUACUUCUGGAUAUUAUGGAGCCCAGCCCAGAAGAGGCGCAAGGUGACUCCGCGAAAAACAUAA